CGCCAGUACAAAAGUAUGAAUAUCUUGUCAUGGGCCUUAAGCUAACUGAGCAGUCGUGCACCAAUGCCUUGACACAUUCAAUGUGCGCGCCCCUGCUAGGAAAUUGGACAUUAGUCGCAGCACUUCAUAAAGCCAAUGUCAAACGUCAAAGCAGCAAAAGUCCACAUUCAGAGUCAAACCUAUGUCUGACCCUUCUUAUCAUUCUGCAAUCAGCCUACAAACCACUAGUCUGGUGCGUGCAGCACAUAGGAUGGGCGACAUCACGGUCCACCGCCAUUCGAAUCGGAGUUGCAGCAUGCAUCAGGGUUGCCAGGACAUUGCGCACUGGGCGGGAUGCAAUGACCGAGCGGCUCAGUUGGCCGGCUCAUGACCAUGUAUGCGAGGAAGACGAGUGCGCUUGCGAAUUUGAGAUACAUGAUGAUGUGGUCGCCGUGUUGUGCUCGGCGGGAGACUUUAUCAAGAAGACAUUCAAUCAGGAGCUUCUGGAAAGACGGCUUCAUUAUGUUCCGUGAAUUGCUUGGCAUGCAUGCGUGCAUGGUUCCGGCCAGUCAGCUUACAAGUCGUCCUUGAGAUCUCUAGUUACUGUUGAAUCUGCUACAGACAAAGUGACUUUAGCAGUAUUCGUUGCCUUUCUCUUGCGGUCUGACUGCCUGCAUGCCAGCACUGCCUAGUCGGCUGUUGGAAGAAACAAGCUCUUGCAAAGUGUCUAGAGCUGGCAGAGGCCAUGCGAGACGCGACA